CAGGAGACAAAGGACAAACCAUUUCACAAGUCUGAAAAAUAAUAAGAAUAUAAGAUGAGUCGAGGAAAUCCAAAAAAUAAUAAAGAUUUGAAUGCAUUCGAUGUUCUGAUGCGGAAGCAUCGCCAAAGAGCAGAACGCCAUGAGGAGGAGGAGAUGCAAGUGCAAGAACAGAGAGAGAGAACAGUAAACUUGGAAUCAGUAAUUGAAGCGGCUAUUACUGUGGUAGACAGGCUGAGGCGACGCAGAGUUCAUCCGUACUAUCGACCGCCGAGAAAUAUAAAUCAAAACGAUCGUCAUCGUCGUUUCCAGGAGAAUCAACAUCUCCGUGAUGAACGAAAUAACCAGCACGAUCGUCGAUUCCAGGAAAAUCAACAUCUCCGUGAUGAACGAAAUAACCAGCACGAUCGUCGUUUCCAUGACGAUCGUCAUUCAUAUUAUAGGAAUAAUGAGCGUUUCAAUAAUCAACGACGAUAUGACCAACAACGAUCCAAUGAUCGCCAAAUAAACGAAAAUCGACAAGACGAUUGUUUAAGAGACAACAAUCGUAUUGUCAAUUUUCGUUUCAGAGACAAUCAUCUCCAAAACAAUAAUCGAAGCGAUGAAGAGGACCAUCGUAGAAAUAAUUUGCGUCGUCGAAAUGAUUUGCGCUAUAGAAGUGAUGGCCAGAAUGAAAAUAAUAGAAAAUUCAGACGCUAAAUUCUUUAAUCAACGUUUUUUUGUGGCAAUU